AUGGUCGGCCUCACCCUCUCUAAUGAAGAUGACGAACUAUUGCUCGAUGAUGCUGUUACCGGGGAGUCUUCUGUGGACGUCGAUCUUUGUCUGGUGGGGAAGUUCAUUACGGAUCAACCGAUCAAUUUCAAUUUAAUGUGUAGCCGUUUAGCCAGUAUUUGGCGUCCGGGAAAAGGCGUCUUUAUGAAAGAUAUUGGUGAAGGAAGAUAUAUAUUCCAAUUCUUCCAUGAAGUGGAUCUGAUGAGAGUCCAUGAAGGGGGUCCUUGGUCAUUUGGAAAUUUCCCCCUUAUACUUCACAGGCUUAAGCGUGGAGAAUUUCCACUUAAUGUGCCUCUGGACACGCUUCCAUUCUGGAUUCAAGUCCAUGAUUUGCCGGCGGGUUAUCUCACGGAAGGAGUUGGCCGUCUUCUAGGUAACUUCAUCGGGACUUUUAUGGAAUACGAUAGUACAAAUUCUGUGGGGGUUUGGCGUCAGUUUAUGAGAAUUCGUGUGGGGGUUCGCGUGGCUGAUCCACUUAAAAGAUUCAAGAAGCUUAAAAGUAAAGAUGGCUCAUCGUUUGUUGUGAACUUUAAGUACGAGCGACUCAAUGUUUUCUGUUUUCUUUGUGGUCGUCUUGGUCACUCGGAAUAUUUCUGUGAGCUUAUGUUCAACUCGACCUCAAAAACUGCUGUACGUGAAUGGGGAGUAGGACUCAAAGCGGCAGAUCGGAGGGGAAUGAAUCUUGCCGGAGAUCGCUGGUUGAGGAAUGAGGAUGCUAGUGUAAACCCUAGUACGGAGGCGGCGGCUACUAGGGUUUCAAACGCGCCGUCUGGUUCGGAUUCGAAACGUAAGAUGCAUGAGAAUCGGGAAUUGAUUGUUGUCAACAGUAACUCCCAUAUUUCUCGGGAUUUGAUCCCCCAUAAUGCUCAACGAAACGUUUUGCAAGAGAUCAGUCAUAUGGCCAACAGAGAUUCUAUACAGGCUAAUGAUAUCUCUAUGGAUAAUCUCACUGGUGUUGAAGAAAGAAAGCGGCGACGCGGCGCCAAUCCCGCGAACAUGCCUCCACACUCCACAUCUGAUGCUUUUCCUAUAGGUCUUUCCGAGGAUGGUGCAGAUGCUCAACUUUAUUUAACGGCGGGCUCCGGAUCCGGGGCCGGUCGAGCACAAUGA